AUGAGCCAAAUCAAAACAGCAGCUAUUUUAAUCAUUGGUGAUGAAGUAUUAAAUGGUAAAAUUCAAGAUACAAAUUCAAGAUUUUUUGCCAAAUUUUUAUUUGAAAAGGGUAUUCAAUUACAAAAAAUUCUUGUUAUUGGUGAUGAAUCCCAAGAUAUUAUUGAAUCUGUCCGUGAAUUAUCAUCAAAAUAUGAUUUUAUUGUCACUACAGGUGGGAUUGGUUCAACUCAUGAUGAUAUUACUUAUGAAUCAAUCGCAAAAGCUUUUGAUUUAAAUUUAGAAUUACACCAGGAAACUGUGGAUAAGAUGAUUAAAUUACGUAAAUCUACUUCUAAACAAUUAGAAGGUGAUGCUUUAAAAGCUCAAUUAAGAAUGGCUACAUUACCUAAAGGUUCAAAUGUUGAAAAUAUUUAUCUUAAUGAAGAAUUAUGGGUUCCAAUAGUUGGAAUAAAUAAAAAAUUAUAUAUUUUCCCUGGUGUACCACAAUUAUUUGAAAAAAUGGUUAAAGGACUUGUUGAACAACAUUUAAAUUCAAGAAUCCCUGAAGAAAAUAAAUUUAUUAGAUUUUAUGUAUCAACAAAAUUAUCAGAAAGUGAAAUAGCACCACAUUUAACUCAAUUACAAAAAAAAGCUCAAGAUGAUGGGUUUGAAGAUGUUAAGAUUGGAAGUUAUCCACAUCUAGGAUUACAAGUGAAUACAAUUUCAAUAUUAGCUAGAUCUAAAAACAAAGAUUACCUAAGAUCUAUAGUGGAUUAUUCAAUUAAGAAUUUACAAGGUGUUGAAAUUGAUUCAAAAUUAGAAGAUGAAUAUAGUAAUAACGUUGAUCCGUUGAAGUGA